UACAGUGGAGGUACUGAACUCAAUGUGACAGGUGUGAACCUACACAGUGUGGCUCAGCCUAUGAUGAACAUCAGUUUUCUACAGGGCAAUGAAGUGAUCUCAUUCCGCAAGGCUUGCAUCCAUUCCGAGUCAUCCAGGUCCACUCAGAUGAUCUGUCAAUCACCCAAAAUCACUGGCAGGCUCCUCCCACUUUCAGCUCCACAGCCAAUCACAGUGCAGCUCUCUCUGGUGUUAGAUGGAGUGGUUGAUGAGCCGUCUCCAGACCUGAGACAUUUUACCUACUACCCAGACCCUGAGUUCUUCAGUUUUGACCUCAGUAAGAGGUAUCCAAAAUCUGGAAGAACAUUGAUGCUCAAGGGUGACCACCUUGACAGUGUACAUGGUAUCAAAGACUUCACAGUGCUGGUGGGACAACACAGUUGCAGAAUAACAUUGCUGAACUCACAGGAACUACAUUGUCGUUUGCCAGAUGACCAGAAAUUUGGCAACUUUACAGAUGCUGUAGUGAUGGUCAAAGUUGGAAACCUACAUUUUACUAUGGGUGAGUUGAAACUACAGUUUGCCCACCGCAGUGUCAAGAAGGUCCCUGAUGCCAUUAUCAUCUUUGUCUGUGCUGCCAUUGGUCUGUCCAUCCUGGUACUCGUGGCCCUAUUGGUUGCCUGGAAGCGGCGCCGUGGUAACCCCAUCAUCAGGAGAACCAAUAGGGACAGCCGGUGGAAUGUCCCUGAUGAACAGAUAGCCAUGGUGGACAUGAGCAGUCCUGAGUCACAACCAGACCCUAUCAGUGUGGCCAGGCAGAUGUCCAUAGACAACAACUACCAGGCCCUCCCGUCUGUGUAUGAGAACGACACCCUGGACAGACUGAGGGUGGACGAUCCUGACCUGGCUGUAUCUGUGGAGGAAGCACUGAUCCCCAGACAGAAGCUCCACCUACAUAACAUCAUUGGCAAAGGUUUCUUUGGAAGUGUUUUCUAUGGAACAUACCAACAUCCAGGAGAGAAGGAGCCAGUCAGAGUCGCUGUCAAGACUCUCAACAGAAGCAACUGUGACAUGAGUGACAUAGAGAACUUCCUACGAGAAGGCAUCAUGAUGAAGGAUUUUAACCACAAGCAUGUCCUCCACCUGGUGGGGGUGAGUCUGCCCACUACAGGUGCUCCUCUGGUCAUCCUGCCCUACAUGAAACUAGGGGACCUGCACAGCUUCAUCAGGAACCCUCAACAGUUGCUGACAGUGCAGGACAUCCUAGGAUUUGCACUGCAGGUGGGGGAGGGGAUGGCAUAUCUGUCCAGCCUGAAGUUUGUACACAGAGACCUGGCUGCAAGGAACUGCAUGGUUAGUGAAGACUUGGUAGUGAAGGUGGCAGAUUUUGGCCUGUCUCGAGACCUGUAUGAGAAGGACUACUACACCUGUGGGGACAAGAAGGCCAGGCUGCCUGUCAAGUGGAUGGCUCUGGAGAGUUUGUUAGAUGCUACCUACACCACCAAGAGUGAUGUGUGGUCCUUUGGGGUGCUAAUGUGGGAGCUGGCCAUGAGGGGAGUGAAACCAUACCCAGAUGUGGACAACUUUGACCUGGCCAUGUACCUUCAGCGGGGACGCAGACUGAAGCAACCAAAGUACUGCCCAGAUCACAUCUAUACCAUCAUGCAGCAGUGCUGGCAGGAGGACCCUGACCUCCGACCGACCUUCGAUGACCUUGUGUUCCGACUGAGUGAGUCGUUAACACCAGCCUGCCCCCCUCCCGAGGCGGAACACCCUGUGCAAGACUUUGAAGAGUGCUACACUGAUGUCUUAACAAGAGCAUAAUAAGACUGACA